UGAAGUCCCAGUUCCACGGCUCGCACCAAAUUUUCUUUAUUUUCUCCUCUUCCGUUGCUUCGUUCUACGACACAGACCACCAUGGAAUCUCCCUCCCACAACACAUUCGUCUACCUUCACCAAUGUCAUGGCACGUGACAUGUCCCUCCAAUUCUAAAAUCAUUGCUAAACGCUUCGGAGCCAUCGCCAUCAAUGUGGGUUUCUCCCAGAAUUUGAGGUACUUAAGCCCAUCUCGAUUUCGUGACGCUUAUGUUCUCAACUCGCUUUAUCAGAUCUGACUCUCAUCUCUAUCUUCCAGUUAUGGAGUCAGGUUUAGCUCUCUCUAUGUCCUUUAUGUAAAUUACAUGUCAUAAUAGUUAGAGGUAUAGAAUUUGUUUUUUUAUAAGGAAAAUGGAGAUUUCUGAUGAAAAUUCUCCAAGAUUGAGGUUAGAUCAUUUGAGAAAAGAUGUUUCACAACAAACCCAUUUGCGAGGAUUCCAGUUGGAACCCUACGAUCCCGGAAAUGAGUCCAAUCAUGCGUUUCGUUCCAUGAACGCCUUGGAGAUCUUGAGAGAAACUGUACGGAUUCUAAGGUACAAUUCGUCGGGGUUCAUGGCUAUAGCCGCCUUGCUGAUUUUCCCGGUAUCGGCUGUGGUUCUAUCGAACAUCUUAAUUGAUCAAUCACUCGUGAAGAGACUGACUAUAAGGCUUUUGUUGAUCGCCAAGUCGAGCGGGCUCCCAUUGAGGCCUUUCAUCAAACAGUCGGGCCAGCGUUUCGCUGAGAUGGCUAUCUCGUCGUUUAUGUGCUUUCCCUUGUUCAUAACAUUGUCUUUGUUAUCAAAAGCCGCUGUUGUUUAUUCAGUGGACUGUAGCUAUUCAAGGAAGCAAUUUGAUUCGUCCAAGCUCUAUGCAAUCAUUUGCAAGAUUUGGAAGCGACUUGUUUCAACUUAUGUGUGGGUUUGUAUGGUCAUUGUAGGCUGUGUUACCUUGUUCUUUCUUUUACUUGCUGCUGUAUGCAAUAUAUUUUUCAUCAUUGGGUCUUCCUUUAGCAUCAUAGUGUACGCUUCAGUAGUAGUUGGGCUUGUUUUCUCAGUCAUUUUUGCCAAUGCCUUUGUUAUUUGUGAUAUUGCUAUUGUGAUAUGUGUACUGGAGGAUGUCUCGGGACCAGAGGCUUUAUUAAGGGCUUGUGUUUUGAUCAAGGGUCAAACUCAUGUGGGUCUUCUCAUAUUUCUUGGAUCGACCAUUGGGAUGGCUUUUGUGAAGGGAUUGUUCGAGCACAGAGUGAAGACUUUGAGCUAUGGAGAUGGGUCUUCAAGAUUAUGGGAAGGACCUCUUUUGGUGCUCAUGUAUUCGUUCGUAGUGCUUAUCGAUUCCAUGAUGAGUGCUGUUUUCUAUUAUAGCUGCAGAUCCUCAAGUACGGAAACUUCAGAUGUUGAAAGCCGGCCAAUUUUGGAGUCUGUGAUAGUUUGUGAUGAAUCAACAGUCGUUCAAUGACACCAACUUGUGAAUUUGUUUUGCCAUCUAGAAACCUCUUUGCUAUGAGCAAGGGUAUCAUUGCCAUUCUGAGUAACUGAUGAAAAAGAGUACUGGUACAAACACAGGCUUUCAAGCAUACGACUAUUGAAAUGCUUCAUUUGAGUGCAUUACUCAGAUAGUCAGAUAUGAGGAAUUAGAAAGAAAGAAAAAUUGAACUUUUGAUAAGCUGAAUAGUUAUGGAAAAUACAACUCUCUGUUGGAAAAGCUAGAUUGUUGUGCAACUACAGUUGUUUCCAAGUGUUGUGUAUCUUGUUCACUUUCAACAUUUUUUUUUAACUCAUAAUAAGCAAUGCUACCUAUGAAACAAAUGAUGCUAGUUUAUGGUAAA